CGAAUACAGUUUCCCAACGAGCCCUCUAAAACCGCCGUACUUCCGUCCUUACCAGCAUAAAGUCUGGUGUGAGAGACGACGUCCAGUGGACGAAAGGGCAGCAAAGCUAGAAAGAACUGCAGAUAAUGAGAAUCUAGAAAUGCCUGCGGGGGUCUCCUGGCCUCAAUACCUGCGUAUGCUGGGAUGUAGUCUGUUGGCAAUGUUGGCUGGGGCAGAAACUGUACAUAGAUACUACAGACCAGACAUGAGUAUUCCUGAUAUCCCACCCAAGCCAGGUGAAUUGAAAACUGAACUUCUUGGUUUAAAAAGACAAAAUUUGUCAAAUGAUUCAUCCCAUCCCUGACCUUGAAUGGCCUUUUUUAAAAUAAAAGAUUAUACAAAGUUCA